AUGGGUGGAGGCUGCCACCACUCGACUGGUGGAUAUACAUACCCUCGCUUUGCCGACAAGCCCGUUGGUGUUCCCAAGGCCAGCAUUCUCAAAGGUCGCAUCGAACCAUUCUACAAAGCAGGCCAGUACGAAAAGGUCAACCUUCUAGCAAACCUACACAAUGCUUCGUACUCUGGCAAACCCCAUGUCCAGCUCUUUGUUUGGGACGCACCCGGCCAGGAACGUCCGAGCUUCAAGGAGGCUACAUCUCAUGAGUUCAAAGAGACCCACGUCGGCGCCUCGUUUGGUCCGUCUUGGUCAACCCACUGGUUUAAAGUGAUUCUGAAGAUCCCUUCGGAUAUUGCCAAGGACGAAUUGCUCGAACUCCACUGGGAUGCCAACAACGAAGGCCUCAUUUGGACCGACAAAGGAGUGCCCCUCCACGGCCUGACGGGUGGCGGCGAGCGAGUCGAAUGGGUAAUUCCCAAGGAGUUUCGCGAUGGGAAGGAGCACACCAUCUACAUCGAGAUGGCCUGCAACGGCAUGUUUGGCAAUGCACCCUCUGGCCAGGGAAGCAUCGCGCCUCCUGACCCUAACAAGUAUUACACCCUUAGUAAGGUCAACAUUGUGUCUGUCAAUUUCCAGGCCCGCAUGCUGCACUUUGACAUGUGGGAGCUGGGGGACGCUGCUCGUGAGCUGCCCGAGAACUCGGCCGAGCAAAACCAAGCGCUCUCUGUUGCCAUGAAGGUCAUCAAUACCUUCCAGGUCGACAACCAAGAAUCCAUUCUGGAGUGCCGGAAAAUUGCCCAGGAGAUCCUUGGUCCGGAUAUCGACUCCCACCGCGUGUACGAGACUGGAAAAGACCCUGUCGUCUUCGGAAUAGGCAAUUGUCACAUCGACACCUGCUGGUUGUGGCCCUGGGCUGAGACCAAGCGUAAGGUAGUGCGCUCGUGGUCUAACCAGUGUGACCUAAUGGAGAGAUACCCCGAGGCUACGUUUGCAUGCUCCCAGGCCCAGCAGUUCAAGUGGCUUAAGCAGUACUACCCAGCUACUUUUGAUCGCGUCAAGACCAAGGUCGAGGAAGGCCAGUUCAUUCCCAUUGGUGGCAGCUGGGUUGAACACGAUACAAACAUGCCCAGCGGAGAGUCUCUAUCCCGUCAGUUUUUCUACGGCCAGCGUCUGUUUGAGAGGGAGUUUGGAUUUCGCUGCCGGACCUUUUGGUUGCCGGACACAUUCGGUUAUUCAAGUCAGAUCCCGCAGCUCUCACGACUGGCCGGUAUGGACCGCUUCAUGACACAGAAGCUCAGCUGGAACAACAUCAACAGCUUCCCCCACACCACCUUCAUGUGGGUGAGCCCCGAUGGAAGCCAGGUCAUAUGCCAUAUGCCACCGUCCGAGACGUACACUGCUGAAGCAAACUUUGGCGAUAUAAAACGGAGUAUCACGCAGCACAAGACUAUGAGGACCGACAGCUCUUCGCUGCUUCUUUUCGGAAAGGGUGACGGCGGCGGUGGACCGACCUGGCAGCAGUUUGAGAAGCUGCGACGUUGUGCAGGCAUCAGCAACACAGUUGGGGGAAUUCCCAAAGUGAAGCUCGGACACACUGUCGACGACUUCUUUGACCGCCUUGCACCCAAGGCUGCAGAGUUUCCGACAUGGCAUGGCGAGCUGUACUUUGAGCUCCACCGUGGCACAUACACGACGCAGGCUAACAACAAGCUCAACAACCGCAAGGCCGAGGUCAUGCUUAGAGACAUUGAACAGCUUGCCACUGUGGCUUCAGUAACCUCGGGCUCGUACAAGUACCCCACUGACGUUAUUGACAGCAUGUGGGAAGCUGUGCUACUAUGCCAGUUCCACGACUGUUUGCCUGGGAGCUGCAUCGAAAUGUGCUACGAUGACUCAGACAAGCUUUAUGCAUAUGUUUUCAAGAAGGGCGCUACACUCCUAAAGGAGCUGUAUGCCUUCCUUGGCGUCUCUACAGCUAAUUCGGAGUCCUCCGCAUGUCCCGUCGUGCUCAACACACUUCCCUGGCAUCGCAAGGAGCUUGUCGAGGUUUCCGACACAGAUGUCCGCGUUGCCUGCGGCGACGGCAAUGUGCUCCCUCUGAGGAGCUUCCGUCAGCAGGACAGCCCAGCAGUCACCGUCCAGAAGACAGCCGAUGAAGAGUUUGUUCUGGAGAAUGAUCAGCUUCGAGUUGUCGUGAGAAAGGGUAUCAUCACGUCGAUUUAUGACCGUGCCAACGAGCGUGAGGUGAUCGAGGCCGGCGGUGAAGCCAACAAGUUUGUUAUCUUUGACGACAUCCCUUUAUACUGGCAAGCAUGGGAUGUCGAGGUAUACCACCUCGACACCAAGCGACAGCUCAAGUACGGGUCUACCAAGAUCUACGAGCAGAAGCCGCACAAGGUCACCUUGGUGACGGACAUUUCCAUCAGCAAAAAGAGUUCUCUAAAGUCGUACAUCACGCUGUCAGCCUCUUUCAAGAGACAAUCAGCACAGAUUGACUGCGCCGCCGAGGUAGAAUGGCACGAGGACUGCAAGUUCCUCAAGGUCGAGUUCCCCGUCGACAUUGUCAACACUGAGGCAUCGUACGAGACCGCAUACAGCAUCACGAAGCGGCCCACACACUACAACACAAGCUGGGACAUGGCCAAGUUCGAGGUAUGCUGCCACAAGUUUGCCGACCUGUCAGAGCAUAACUACGGCGUGUCCAUCCUCAAUGAUAGCAAGUAUGGCUUCGCCACGGCCGGUAAGAUGAUGCGUCUGUCGCUUCUGCGGGCGCCCAAGGCCCCCAACGCCCACGCUGACAUGGGCCAUCACUCGAUCCGCUGGGCCAUCCUCCCGCACAAAGGCCCCCUCUCGUCGGAGACGGUCAGGGCGGCGUAUGCCUUUAACAACCCGCUCAAGCUGUGCUCGGGAUCUGAGGCUGCCCUUGCCAGCAACUCAUCGUGCCCUAUCCAUUUAGUCAACCAAGACGAAUCUAACUCUCUGAUACUGGACGUCAUCAAACGUGCGCACGACGAUGAGGACAUCAGCAGCAGUAGCGGUGAGGAUCGGCGCAUGCGCACCAAUUCGGGCCGCAACAUCAUCGUGCGCGUCUACGAGUCUCUAGGCGGCCACAGUCGGGGUACCAUCCAGUCCCAGUUCGAUGUGAAGCGCGCAGCGAAGGUCAACAUACUGGAGGAUGAGCUAGAAGAGGUGCACGUGAAGGAUGGCAAGAUCUCCAUCAAGCUCCGGCCAUUUGAGGUGGCAACUUUCAAGCUGGAGGUGUAA